AGCAUCUUAUAGUUUUAUUUUAUUCCAACUCUCGCAGAGAUCCCAUCUUGCAUAUAUCAACUCAGUUUGUGCUGUUUAGGGUUCGAACCAUAAAUAAGAAGCUUGCCCAUCCUCUCGGUUCGUCUCAUAAUUCAUUGUUGCUCACUAGGACUCCUUCUCUCACUUUACCCAGCUUUAAGUGUUUCUGGGUUCCUUCUAAACAGAGUCAAACUCCAGAAAAAAUAUAGCUUGAGAUGCUUCUGCAACAAAAGAUGGAUGAAGCAGAAAUUUCAAGUGGUUUUUCUCAUCAGAACCCAACUGAUCAUCUUGAAUCCAGUAAUAAUAUUGUUCCUCCAGUUUUGAAGAGGAAGAGAAACCUUCCAGGAAAUCCAGAUCCUGAAGCAGAGGUCAUAGCCUUGUCGCCGAAGACACUGAUGGCCACCAACAGAUUCUUGUGUGAAAUAUGUGGGAAGGGUUUCCAAAGGGAUCAAAAUCUUCAGCUCCAUCGAAGAGGACACAAUCUUCCAUGGAAGCUGAAGCAGAGGACAAGCAAAGAACCGAAGAAGAGAGUGUAUGUGUGCCCUGAAAAGACUUGUGUCCACCACGACCCUUCAAGGGCUCUGGGAGACUUAACAGGGAUAAAGAAGCACUUUUGCAGAAAGCACGGAGAGAAGAAAUGGAAGUGCGAGAAGUGUUCAAAGCGAUACGCUGUCCAGUCAGACUGGAAAGCCCACUCUAAGACCUGUGGCACCAGAGAAUACAAAUGUGAUUGUGGGACUGUCUUUUCACGGAGAGACAGUUUCAUAACCCACAGGGCAUUCUGCGAUGCCUUAGCAGAAGAGACGGCAAGAGUGAAUGCAGCAUCUACAGUGAAUAACUCCUUUCUGGGUUACAACAUCAUGGAAAAUUCCCAAGGGCCUGCCAUAAGCAUGACCACACAUUUUCCUUCCAUUUUCAAGCCAAUUUCAAACACUGGUGUUGAAACAAAGCAUCAAGCACCUGGGGGA